AUGGCAGACUUGUCUAUCAAUGUUGACGUCUUCUUCUCUCUAAAGGGUAUUGCGGAUGAACAACUUGCCAGAGCAGAGCUAGAACGGGGGCGUAAGAGGGAUCGUCAGAGUGAGGAGCCAAGUGUUGCAGGCCUAGCUAAAAGACGUCGGUCGGUUUCUACAACGUCCUCCAGAUCCAUUUCUACAAUCUCCACGAACAUGUCAAGAUCUCCUUCUCCCCACCGGUCCUACACCGCGAAAAGGAAGGUAACACGAUCUCCCAGCCCAAACGACAGAGCAGCUCCAAGUCAGAGACACAAGGAUGUUUCCCGUUCGCCAACACCAACAAGGACUGCUAGCGAGCGCGAAAAGAAGAGAAGAAGAGACUCAUAUUCCUCUACUGGAUCAUACGUCUCAGACAAUCGGUAUGAAAACAGACGCCCCUCAAGAGAGCGAGGAAGUAGUCGAAGUACUCGGCGACGAUAUCAGCAGGUGAGCCCUCCAUUGAGGGGCAGGACUACAGAGAGCAGGAGCCCACGGAGAGGACGCGGUGGAAGAUUAAAUGAGCUAGAAGAGCCUGGGCCCGGAAGGACUGUUGGUAAACCACCGCCACGCAACGAUUUUAAAAACGAGCAGGCCCCGGCGAGACAGAGAAGUUUAAGUCCAUUCAGCAAAAGGCUUGCAUUGACGCAGUCUAUGAACAUGGGUAGAUGA